AGGCUCAAAGACGUAGGCUUGUCCGCCAGGCUAGUUUUCUCUGAUGUGCAGUGUUCAUGUGGGCCACUCUCCGUUGACAGGAUUCCUUUCUUCCUUUGCGUCUCCUGUGAUGCCCAGAUGGCCCAGCCGCGUUUCAAGGCAAGAGGACUUGUAUGCGAAAGACAUGCGGACCUGUAAUCAGCGCCUUCGGUCGCGUUCGAGAGCUAAGCAGGUGAAGGACAAGGUGUCCUUCCCGACGCCUCGCCCAGCGCAGAGGGAGCCGAAGAAGGAGCCAGCCUGGUACGAGCCGGAGCGGAGGUUGAGCACCGAGUUUCUUGCAAAGCCCUGGGACAAUUUCAGGUGGCUGUCCAAAGAUAUGGCAGCAACGCCGGCGGGGUGUUUCGCUCGUCUUGUGGUUCCGACCAAGCGAGAUGCCCAAGUCUGGCCGCUCAAGGAGGAGGAGUUGGCAGAGAGAUGUCUCUUCAAUGGCUGGCAGGGGAGUGUCUACGAUGUGGACGUGGGUGAGGAUGGCAGGCGGCGCAAAUCCGUGAUGAAGCUGCCGCCGGCCGCCCGGCUAUGCCUCAAGGAUUCGAUGGAUUACACCUGGCCUGCCCCGGCAAUGGCGGCAGAUGACCAGCUCUGGGUGUGCGUGCCCUGUGCGGACGAGCCCUACUUUCACCUUUGCAACCGGGCCUUGGGUUCCAAGGUGCUGGAAGUGCGCGGCGACGGCCCCGCGGCAAGCCUCAGGAUGUGUGAAUUGAAUGGCAGCGACCACCAGAAGUGGCACGUGGAUGAGAACUCGCGCCUGGCGAGCAAGCAGGGCUGCUUGAGUUCUCCAGAGAAGAAGUUUUGCAUCGACGUGAUCAGCGCACAGGAUGCGAACAGUGCAUCGGUGUGCGCGUACGCGGCGAACGAUGGGUGCAACCAAAAGUGGCAGCUGGAGGUGGUCGACAAGGCCGUUUCUGGACGCCGACUGGUACGAAUUGUCUCCAAGAUGGCUGGGCAUCGAGUCUUGACACUUGAGAAUGGAGACCAAAUGAGGAAGGACAUGAUCCUGGAGAUUUGCUACCUCUCCCGCUGGCAUGGGCAUCAAGGCUUAGUGCAGCUGCAGAAGGUGAUCUGGUCUGAUGGUGUGCCAGAGGCCAUUCUCCUGGAGCGUUUGGGCAAGCAGUUGGGCAAGGGCACCGGCAACGACAACAAGGCAUGCGUGCUGCUUGACAUCCGGCAAGGGCUGGCGGGCUACAGCCCAGCCAGGGCGGCCCGGAGUCUGCAGCCAGUGGCGCAGGUGCUGCGGAGGAUCCACCAGGACGGCUUCGUGUACAACGAUCUCCAUGACGGCAACAUCCUGCGGCGCCUGGAUAUGGACUGCUACAAGGUCAUCGACCUCGGCAGCGUUACCCGCGCCGAGCACUGGCAAGCGGAGCUCGGCGAUGACUACGGCAGCAGAUGGAGCCGAAAUCGUGACUGGCGCGCCUUUGCGCUGGCCUUUUUGGGCUUGGUCCUGGGCAGGCAGCUAGAUGUAUGGCGGUUGGUUGGAACGAACAACAGCAUCAAGUCCUCCGGCAUCGAAUGUCCCUGGUCGGCACCCCAAGCCCAAGGAGUGCCGGCGGAUGUGAAAGAGAUGAUCGCGGGGCGCCCCUGGGCCCCAAGAGUGCGCGGUCUGCUGGAGGCGCUUUUUGCCUUCCGUGUUGACGACCUUGAGGUCUGCAGACUGUGCGCCCAUACAGCGUGAUGUCAGCUGCUCCUUGGGACUUGCAUGUUUCAGGGAAACCCCGCACACAAAAUCAACAGACACAUGAUCAUUCCAUUCGUUGGCCGGUCUCCUGCCAUAGAGCAGAUCAGCUGACAGGUGUAAAUUAUGUAAGAUUGCUUUCUAAAGACGUCCACCGAGGCAAAAGAAAGGGCGACUCCCAGAUUUUUUUUGUCCGGGAGUCGCCCAUGUGUGUGAC